AUGCCCAAGACGCGGCUGAUGCGCGCACUCAUUCGGAUCACCACUCGCCGGCUGACACUGGCCUUCACAUUAAUUUCCCUAGCCGCCAUUGCUUUCAUCGUAACUCUGUCCUCGACGGUCCCCCAGUCCCCUCGCCUGGUCGAGUACGAGCACCAGACCCCGACGACGAGCGAGCUUCUCGCCAGGCCCUUCAGCAAGAGCCCUCUGAACCCGUUCAAGAAACCCACCAAGGCGCCCCCUCGGGAGGGCAAUGACGAACAUUCUGGAUCCUCGUGGUGGCAAGAUGGCAAAUGGCUUGCGGUCGCCUUCUCGAGCGACCUCACGACAGACGAUCGCGUCUUGCUUCCUCCCCUCAGAGAGCGCCCACCUAUCUAUUGCUACCGCGAUACCUCGGUCGAGAAGCCAAAGGAUGAGCACGAAGCCGAAGACGAGCUAUUCCUGACAUGGAAACGUGCGUGGUGGGCGCAUGGGUUCCGUCCCACCGUCUUGGGCGCGACCGAGGCCACAAUCAACCCGGCAUUCGACGAGGUCCAGAGGUUGAAACUGGAUGGCGUGCUACGGGCCGACGUCAUGCGAUGGCUUGCAUGGGACACGGUUGGUGGCGGCCUCCUCGCCGAAAACACCAUGUUCCCCAUGGCUUCGAGUGGAGACCCUCUACUGGCCGAGCUGCGCAGAGGCAAGUACGCCGAACUGACCAGUUGGAAGGGCCUGGGCAGUGGCCUGUUAGCCGGCUCGGGCGAAGAGGUCAAGUCCGCGAUACGGGCUGUUCUAGAACUGUCCGAGGCGAGGAGUGUGCUGGCGGCCCUGCCCGGCGACAUUGUGAAGACGGACGCGACCCCAAUGUCGUUGGCUUACUACGGGCCGCAAACCAUCGCCAACAAGUACGCCAUCAUUGGGGAGACCACUCGUCUCAGCCGAGCUGAUGGUCUCCGGGCUCUCAACAGACUCAUCAACGCGCAUUUGCACGUCGUGUGGCAGAACAGCUUCUCCCACGGCAUUGACGUGCUCCAGCCGUACCCUAAUCACACCUCCAAGAUGGUCAGCGAGGCUAUCGGGCUGGCUGAGUCGUUGCUGCAUUGUCCAGAGACGCCAUUGGCUGCCUCGUGCCCGCCAAACCUGCCACGCUGUGCGCCGUGCACGACCGACAUGCGGUCGACACGCAUCGCAACUCCGUCUUCCUACCAUAACGCCUCCAAAGCCUUCACCAUUGGAUUCGUGCCCCAUCCCUGGACACUCACGACCCUGAACAUGCUGAAGGACACCUUCGAUCUCAACGUUCUGCGCCGCGACUCCCUCCGCGACCCCUGGUUACUUGAGGUGACUGACCGCCUCCUCGACGAUUCCCAUGCCGUUGACGACGAGCUCCCCACCUCGGGCGAUCGUCGCAUCAUGCGAUUCAAAGAGGCCAUUGCCAGUGAAGAUGCCGAGUCGAGGACCCUCUUCCUUACGGCCGAGGCACCCUUGCCAUCCGACCUCGACUGGCGAUUUGGCUUCAGUAUCCCGCAGCAUGCUCACAUUCCACAAGAACAGCCCCCAGAUCGCGAGGACCCCUCAGAAGACCCGACGCUUGAGUGGAUUCUUUUGGAGCGCGCGAAACAGGUCGUCUUUGAGACGGCAGAGACGGAGGACACUGGCAUGCGCACAGCCCUCGAGACAUGGAACAUGGCCGACUAUGAGGCGUGGAAGUUUACCCGCGCCCUGCAGGCGCGGAGAGUCAUGGAGAGGUCCGAAUGGGCCGGCGAAUCAAAAUGA